UUUUCUUAUCAAAGCUACAGUAAAUCUUACGAAUACCGAAGAGAAUUCUCCUCUGCAGCAUUCGUUUUCACGUGGGCUGAGAGUUGUGUUGUAUGCUGAAUUUUUACCUCGCUAGACAUGACGACAACAUUUUCUAAUCCAUCGCAACUUCUACCGCUAGAAUUGGUGGACAAAUGUAUUGGUUCAAGGAUACACAUAAUCAUGAAGAAUGAUAAAGAAAUAGUGGGAAUCCUGCUCGGAUUCGACGACUACGUCAAUAUGGUGCUGGAAGACGUAACAGAAUUUGAAAGCACACCUGAGGGACGUAGAGUGACCAAACUUGAUAUUUUGUUAAUAAGCUGUGAGGGAUAGUAUAUCAAGGGUUUAAUAAUUUGUCAAUAAGCUGUGAGGGAUAGUAUAUCAAGGGUUUAAUAAUUUGUCAAUAAGCUGUGAGGCCAGUAUAUAGCAAGGUUUAACUGUUUUGUCAAUAAGCAGUGAGGGGCAGUAUAUAUCAAGGUUUAACUGUUUUGUCAAUAAGCAGUGAGGGGCAGUAUAUAUCAAGGUUUAACUGUUUUGUCAAUAAGCAGUGAGGGGCAGUAUAUAGCAAGGUUUAACUUUUUUGUCAAUAAGCAGUGAGGGGCAGUAUAUAGCAAGGUUUAACUGUUUUGUCAAUAAGCAGUGAGGGGCAGUAUAUAGCAAGGUUUAACUGUUUUGUCAAUAAGCAGUGAGGGGCAGUAUAUAGCAAGGUUUAACUGUUUUGUCUUGUCUCUGCAGUGAAAGCACACCUGAGGGACGUAGAGUGACCAAACUUGAUAUUUUGUUAAUAAGCUGUGAGGGAUAGUAUAUCAAGGGUUUAAUAAUUUGUCAAUAAGCUGUGAGGGAUAGUAUAUCAAGGGUUUAAUAAUUUGUCAAUAAGCUGUGAGGCCAGUAUAUAGCAAGGUUUAACUGUUUUGUCAAUAAGCAGUGAGGGGCAGUAUAUAUCAAGGUUUUAACUGUUUUGUCAAUAAGCAGUGAGGGGCAGUAUAUAGCAAGGUUUAACUGUUUUGUCAAUAAGCAGUGAGGGGCAGUAUAUAGCAAGGUUUAACUGUUUUGUCAAUAAGCAGUGAGGGGCAGUAUAUAUCAAGGUUUAACUGUUUUGUCAAUAAGCAGUGAGGGGCAGUAUAUAGCAAGGUUUAACUUUUUUGUCAAUAAGCAGUGAGGGGCAGUAUAUAGCAAGGUUUAACUGUUUUGUCAAUAAGCAGUGAGGGGCAGUAUAUAGCAAGGUUUAACUGUUUUGUCAAUAAGCAGUGAGGGGCAGUAUAUAGCAAGGUUUAACUGUUUUGUCUUGUCUCUGCAGUGAAAGCACACCUGAGGGACGUAGAGUGACCAAACUUGAUAUUUUGUUAAUAAGCUGUGAGGGAUAGUAUAUCAAGGGUUUAAUAAUUUGUCAAUAAGCUGUGAGGGAUAGUAUAUCAAGGGUUUAAUAAUUUGUCAAUAAGCUGUGAGGCCAGUAUAUAGCAAGGUUUAACUGUUUUGUCAAUAAGCAGUGAGGGGCAGUAUAUAUCAAGGUUUUAACUGUUUUGUCAAUAAGCAGUGAGGGGCAGUAUAUAGCAAGGUUUAACUGUUUUGUCAAUAAGCAGUGAGGGGCAGUAUAUAGCAAGGUUUAACUGUUUUGUCAAUAAGCAGUGAGGGGCAGUAUAUAUCAAGGUUUAACUGUUUUGUCAAUAAGCAGUGAGGGGCAGUAUAUAGCAAGGUUUAACUUUUUUGUCAAUAAGCAGUGAGGGGCAGUAUAUAGCAAGGUUUAACUGUUUUGUCAAUAAGCAGUGAGGGGCAGUAUAUAGCAAGGUUUAACUGUUUUGUCAAUAAGCAGUGAGGGGCAGUAUAUAUCAAGGGUUUAAUAAUUUGUCAAUAAGCUGUGAGGGGCAGUGU